UCAUAAUCCCGUCUCUCAGAGACCAGUGUACUGUGAUUAGAGAUAACUUAAUAUUUAAUACAGUUUUUAAUUUUUAGUUAGUUUGUUGUAGAGUUGUAGAUACAACUACAUUUGUAUUUACUAUUUAGUUAAGUCAUACUUGCUGUACAUUAUUUAAUAAUAUUUAUUAAUUAUUAUACUCAACACUCAGCAGUCAAUAACUACUCAUCACCACGAUUAAAGAUAUACCUUAUAUCUUUAAUCGUGCUCAUAACUCAUAAUUCAUGUAUCAUGAUUCACAUUGAUACAAUAUCACAAUAAUCAAUUAUAAAUCAUUGAAAAUGCUAAAGAUUUGGAGUCACAUCAUUAAAAAAUUUGAUGAUGCUGAUAAAAAAGUAAAAACUGUCAAUUUUCCAGCUAAUCGGUUAUGAAGAUAUAGUGAAAAUAAUUCAAAGGGUUAUUAGAUGGUACCCUCAGAUGGUUACUUUGUAGUAAAUUACCAAUGUAGUUGGUUUUUAAUAUGUUUUGUUAGAAUUUGUUUUAUAUAAAAAAAGAAACAUCGAUACACAAAAUGGAAAUCUCUGACCAAAUGUUUUCUUUAAGUCAAUCAGACAUUUGUCGACUCUGUGGACUAAGCAACUCCUCAAGGUUCCUGAUAUACAAAAAAGUAGAUGCUGCUGAAUUGACUAUUGCGGAUUUAAUUAACCGCUAUUUGCCUAUUCAAGUUUCUGAUGAUGACGAAUACCCAAGAACUAUAUGUUCAAACUGUAAAUGUCAGUUGGAUAUGUUAGUGAAAUUUAUUGAUGAUUUGUUAGAUGGUCAAAUGUUUCUCAAAAAUGUUUAUAAAAUGUACAAGUCUAAACAGCUUUCUUCAGCGGAAUAUAUACCUCUGGUUGAUGAAAGAACUACUAAUUUCAAGAAUAAUAUAAACACUAAAAGUAAUGAUGUGGGAUUUGUAUGUGAGACUUGUGGCUUAACAUUAGCAGACAAAAAUGAAUUAAAGGCACAUUUGAAAAAUCAUCAUGAAGAACAACCAAGCCAGAGUGGUACUUCAACAAUUAAAGUUGCUGAAAGAUUUUCAUGUGAACAUUGCAAGAAAACAUUUGCCCAAAAAAAUGGGCUUAAUACUCAUUUAAAAACACAUAAAGGUGAUAAAAAGUAUGUAUGUCAAGUGUGUAAGAAAAGCUAUUAUCAAAAUGGUAACCUACAAGAACACAUGCGCAUACAUACUGGAGAAAAACCUUUCAGUUGUGAAUAUUGUUCAGUAUCAUUUAGAACAUCAUCCCAGUUGAAAACUCACAUUCGAUGUCAUAGUGGUGCUAAACCUUACAAGUGUUCAGUGUGUGAACGAUCAUUCCCACAUAAUCAUACUUUGAAAAUUCAUUUGAGGCGUCAUUUCAACGAUCGACAGUACAACUGUGAAUAUUGUUCGAAACAAUUUUUUGACCAUACAUCGCUGGUCAGACAUUGUCGUACACAUACAGGCGAAAAACCUUAUUACUGUGAUGUGUGUAACAAGGAUUUUGCAACAGUCACAAAUUUUAACAAACAUAGAAAAGUACAUAUGAAAGAUAAAAAUUCUACAGUUUGGGAGCUGACUACCAAAUUCCAAAAAGGCAGUUCAGAAAUUGAUUAUAUAAAUGCUACAAUAAUUAACGAUAAUGAUUUACAGCCGUGUGAUAGAACAGAGGAUUUAUUUUUAAUUUCCAAUCAAGUCAAGGAUCUCAACUCUGAUAUGCCAUCCAAUAGUGUUAAUAAUUUGGAUGAUCUAUUAAAUGUCAACACUUCCUUCACAUCUCUAAAUUCUAUUAGCUUUAAUGAAUCUAUUUUAGAGUUAGCUGAAAAUAUUGUACCUUAGAACUUGGUAUGAUGAUAUAUUUCAUAUUUAUAUGAGCUAAAUUAACAAUUUUUGUAUUAUAUGAUGUCACUAAC